AUGGGAGAGAGCACCACAGACGGUGACGCAGAAGCGUACCUGCGGCGUGCCUCCAAGCUGAAAUGGAAGCACUUUGCCAGCGGGCACUCCUCCGUAUCGCAGAAAAAAGCAGGCUUGGUGGAGGUGAAGGCUGCCGAGUGCGCUUCGAAGCUGCCCAUGCGUUUGCCGAUGAAGAAGCUUAAGCGUGCUCAUGACAGUGAUAGUGACAGCGAGAAUGUCCGCUCUCCUUGUCUUGCCGCUGUGACGCCUCCGACAGCUUCUGUCAUUUCUUUCUCUUCCCGUACUCCAGCCGAGAAGCCUCGCAACGGUGCGAAGAUGACGUUGAUGGAGAAAUGGUUUCCCGGGCGAACACUGGGCAACGCUACUCUUGAUGCAGCUCAGGCACCAACAAUGGUCUACACGGAUUUGUCAGUAGCUCGUAUGAACGCCGCGCGUGAACGUCUCCUGACGUUGCGUAGUGGAGUAGAAGAUGUGACAAACUAUACAUCAGUGAACGGCGACAGUGGCGUUGCAGGUGGCACGACUGAUUGGAAUUGGCUGGAAUUGCGGGACGCAUUGUCGCAGCUUACUUCGCGUGACGCAUUUCGCACGAAGAAGCGUGUUGUGAGGGCCGUGAAGUGGUUGUCUGCUUCCAAAACUCCAUUGAGAGGUGUCCCCAACUCAGCCACACCGCGGCUCUGGGAGAAAUACGUGCAUGAGCACGGUCCGGAAUGUGGUCAUGCCCCACCGCUCUCUAUGUUGGUGUGGCUGGAUAGCGCGUGCACAACGGCGUUAUUUACUGCGUUGGUGAGCCGGAUGCUUAAGUGGUAUAAACAGGGAAUGAAACCUGUGAUGCGUACACCUUAUGCCUUGAAAGAAAACGCUUUGGAAAGCGACCAAAACGCCGGUGUUGCCGAUGAGGAGGAGGGAGAAGUUGAUGAAGACGCUUCAGAAUCGCAUGACGUAAGAGAGGAAAAUAAACAGGAGGCAGAUGGAUAUCAUAACCGACCAGUUUUUUUCACAAACCUACCAACACUGAAUAGUGGUGGUGCCAGCGAAGAAAUAAUUUCUCUAUUGUCUUUUCUGCGCGUUCUUAUGCCUGUGGAUGUGGAGGAUGCAUCUGGAAACGUACAUCGUUCGGUUGGUUAUGGGGUCUGGCUGUACGCCUGCUUGUCUGCAGUAGACACGCCACUGGAUCCAGAUUUAGAUCGGCUAGUCCACGAGCUUUUUGGAGUCUGUUGUCAGCAACUCCGGACGUUGGGUGAGGCACACGGGAUUCAGGGCGGAAACCGCGGGGCCAUUGUUCACGCCUUUUCCCCACGCAGCGGUGAUAACACCUUACGUAGGGAGUACAACGCAAUGCAUGAUGUGAGGAGAGAGGAUGUUUUGGCGCUCCACACUAUUAUUAUCAUUCUUGCGAAGUUGUUUCGACAGAAUCAAAACCGUUUAAUUCCUCUUUAG